UAUGAACACGAAAAGUAUUAAAAUUCUGUAAAAUUUCUCAUAUUUUACUUUGCAAACUUGUUAAAGAGUGUUUCAAAAUUUGUAAUUAUCUGUCUGUUGAUAUUCCCAGAAGCACUUGGGCACAAAGCGCAGAAUCCCCCCAAUCAAUAACACAUUAACCUCAUGUCAUCAUUCGUUAGAUAUUUAAAAAACAAAAAGUGGCUCCGCUCUCGACUCUCCGAAGAUUUAAUCCUCGCAGUGCAACACAAUGACCUAGACCAACUCAAGCAGCUGAAAAAGACCGGAAAACGCUUCGCUUCCUGUGAUAGCAACAAAAACUCGCUUCUCCAUCUAGCAGUGAUGAACCAACAAAGACACGACAUGUACGACGUUCUGGAUUAUCUCCUCAGCCUGAAGGAAGUCCCCAGAAACUCCCGAAACUGCAGAGGCAAUACUCCCUUGAUGGAGGCCUUCAUGUACGACUCGUAUUCGGAAGACUACGUGUUCAGACUGAUAGAAGCAGGGUGUGAUAUUUUUGCCAAUUUCGACGACAGAAGCACGUUGCUGCACUGGGCCGUGGGUAACGACUGGAUCCAAGUGGCCGAGUGCCUCAUCGAACGCGGCCUCAACGUCAACGGCCAAAACUCCAAAGCAGAAACCCCUCUACACUGGGCCUGCGAACGGGGGCUCAUCGACGAGAUCUGGAUGCUGCUCUUCUUCGGCGCAGACCCCAACAUCAAAGCCGACUAUCUCAAAAUCGAAAAGGGCUGGUGCGUAUUUCUGACGUAUUUGUCGCUGUGGGAGCCCUUUGAGGUGAUCACGUGUUUCGACAUAGCUGCGUGCUCGAACGACAAGCCAGAGGUACAGGAAAUAUUUCUUCACAAGUUGGAGGGUUACGAGAAGAAUUUCAGCUUGAAGACGUUCAUUAAAGCUUUGGAGGGGAAAUCUCUGCCGUUUCCUCACCUGGUGGAGAUUGCUUCUGGGGUUAACUAUAACGAGCCUGACGCUAAAGAGUUUCUUUGCACGAUUAAAGACUACCCAGAAUUCUUCACUCUCUUCAUCAAGAAGUUUGAUUUUGUCAUCCAGGAGAUAUUCGAGACCUACGAAAUCGACAUCCUCGACUGCGAAUACUUCAAGAAUUUGGAAGCUGUAACAAAAAAUUUGUUGGCGUUGUUUGACAGUACUGUGGCUGAUACUCUUGUGGACCAAAUCCACGCCAAAGACUCGCUUCUUAUUAACUACAUCAUCGACAUUUUCGAUUACACUGAUAAUUCUUUGGAGGCCAUCACUCAGCUGAUCUGUUGCAUGCUUAGCUAUGGAGUCGAUCUAAACGCUUUAGCUAUCCACCAGAUCUACUUCAAGUACGGUUAUUGCGACUUAUUCGAAAUUCUUCUCCACAUGGAUCUGUCCAAACCCUGCAACUACGACAUAACUUUAACAGACUCUUUCUUCUACUCCUUCGAGUCCCACUUAGACUUUACUAUAUUCGCCUCUAGACGUCUCCCAAAACUCAAGAACCUAAUGUGUCUUAUCAUCCCCAAAGUCAUUUAUGAUGUCAAAAUAGCAGUUCCGUCACUCAUCCGAACCUUCGUUCCUGUUUUGAACACCCAGUAUGAUCCAGAUCUCGUCAGAAACAUUAUCUUCUUGGUGUUUGCUAAUUUCGCCUUACGAGAACCCGUCAAAGCCUCCAUUUUCGAUCUGACUGAGUAUGGGUUAUUGUUCGAAAACGACGAGUUAAAAUCGUUCAUGGAUCCUGAUAAAUAUCCAGUGGUUCCUAUGCUAAUGGAACUUUGCAGAAAACGUGUUAGAGAGAUCAUUAUUAAGACGUACAGGCCUAAAAAUAACGUUCAGUAUUAUAAGGUACUUCAAACUCUUCCGAUUCAAUCAGACUUCAAGGAUAUUAUAUCUUUCAAAAGGACUCUGUAUCCUCUGUGUCAUAACCAUUAGAUCAAAAAAUGAAUGUGAUUAUAGAGAUUAAGAUUUUAUUUUUGAAAAAAUAUUUUCUAGUUUUUACUAAUGUUUUGGAAUUAUUAUAUUUUAUAAACUACAAGACUGUUUUUGACCCCUUCCAAGUUGGAGUUUCGGAUUUUGUGAUAAAUAAAUAAGACGAGCAUUUAUUGCUGUUUUUACUGGCCAGCUCCCACUAGUAUGAGACCUUUCAAAGGUACAAAUUGUAAAAUGUCU